GCAAUACCUGGAUUUUUGCUCAGUUCUUCUAUGAUUGCAUUGCUAGUUGUGAAAGUGUAUGCUUACAACUGGGACUGGUAUGUUGGCAUGAUGUUUGGAGCCAUUGUAAGCACCAUUGACCCUUUCAUAUCAACGGCUUUGUUACGCAGUCUCGGUAAGAAUACACAUCUUUCUGCAGAAAAAUGCAAUUUAAUGAUAUCAGCUGUACUGGUAGGAUCUCACUAUGUCCCUCUCUACAGGAACAGCCAAACCCCUCAUACUUCUGAUAGAGGGAGAGUCAUUGUUCAGUGAUGGCGCCUCUAUCAUUACAUUUGAAGCAUUCAAAGACCUUGCCACUGAUCUUAGUCAUUUUGAAGCAACAACUUUCACCAUCAAGCUGAUAUUGAAAGUCUUCGGGAGCCCUCUUUUAGGGUUCAUCAUGUCUAAAAUCAUUAUGUUUUGGCUGUCGUACAUCUUCAACGAUGGACUGAUUGAAAUAACCAUCAGCCUGGCAAUGACGUACAUCACAUUUUACUUCGCUGAAUGGCUAGGCAUGUCUGGGGUCAUAGCUGUCCUCAUUAUGGGGCUUCUCUUGGACACUGUCAACUUCAGCCCAGAAAUUGAAGUGUUUCUUUUACGGUGA